UUCACGUUUAUCUAACCAACAAUUCACAACAAUCAGAAAACAGCAUCUGACAGCCUAUACACUGCGAACUACAAAUUUACAAAUCAUACAAAAUAAUUUUUAAAAUAAACUAAAACUAUACUUUAUCAAAAAAAUGUAUACAUUCAAAUAAGGAGAAAUAUUCAUAAAGCACUGCUUUCAGUUAUCUCUUUAUUUCUACGUCUCUGCAAUAUAUAGCAUGGUUAUUUGCAAGUAUUAUCGGCAAGGCAAUUGUCGUUAUGGGCAAUACUGUCAAUACGAGCACAUAAAUAGUUUUGUGAGCAACAAAGCCGAGUUUAACGAAGAUGAUAUUGCUCUCACGGUGGCCAAGGAGGUGCUCCUUGCGGAGAGAGGUGAACAAUGGCUACUCUCAUGUUUUGGACCACUCAGAGAACGUCCCUGUAUCCCAGGUAUGGAAGACAUGUCUCCAGAGGAAGUCCGAUGGGAGUUGUAUGAGGCACAGAAGACCGGCAUGGUUGAACAAGCAAAACUGCAUUUCCAACAAUUGUGCCAAGACAUGAAGGCAAAAAGAGAAGCACUGAAGAAUCCUACACAAGAAACAAUCUUAAUGUUGAAAAAGAUUUUGGGAAGCAGCCAGAAAGGUGGUUCAAACGCAAAUACAACUGGAAAGCCAUCUGCUUUCUUUGCAGCUUCUCAAUUGGGUAUAGCCAAUAACACGUCGACUAAUAACGUAUUCGCAAAUAAAACAUAUAAUGUUCCAAACAAUAAUCCAUUUGGUGGGGGAGGAUUCACCUCUUCGAACAACACAUCGUCAAUAUUUGGAAAAACCAAUAACAACUCAGCAUCGGUAUUUGGCAAUACGGCGACCUUUGGUAACAAUCUCGGCGGAUUCGGUACAGCAACGAAUAAUACCAGCUCCAUUUUUGGCGUGACAAAUACAUCGACGUCAUUUAACAAUAUGUCGAGCAAUACAGCGGCGUUUAGCGCGUCACAGAAUAAUUCAGUUUUCGGUGUACCAUCUCAAAAUAUGUUCGGCCAAGGUAACACCAUAUUCAGCGGAACAAACCAGCUCGGCAACGCGCCCUCUACUUCGCUGUUUAACAACCCAAUGACCUCGCAGGCAAACACUUUGUUCAGUGGAGCGACAACCACCGCCGCUAACUUAUUCGGCACUAACAAUUCGUCGGCUGGCUUACAAACGAAUUCGGUCUUCGGCACCUCGACCACCUCGUCCAGUUCUGUCAACAGCGGGAUAUUCAGCCAGUCGAAGACACAAGUACCUGCAUUCGGCGGAGCGCCAGUUUUUACCGGGGUGAAUAAUUACGCCAAUAAUACUGGCAACCCGAUAUUCGGCGGCAAUCAAGCGUUCGGCGUCCCUGCGAUAUCCACGAGUGGUAUUUUCGGUGGGUCGACAGCCACUGUGACGCCAGCUUUUGGUGUGUCCGCUGCUGCCGCUACAACGUCGGCCUUUGAUUUGAAUCAACAGUCCAAUAAUAAUACUUUUGGAGCAGCAACAUCCGCCUCAAACGUCUUCGGCGGACAGAAUAUUAAUGCUGCAGUAAGCAACAGUACGCCGUUCGGAACGCCGAGUGCCACGAUCAGCGUUCCAUUCGUCACUAAUUCACAGCAGCUUGAUUCUGCCAGCACAAAUUCGACGCAGUUCGUGGACGCGGGAUUCGGUAUGGCCGUUGCAAAUAGCACGUUUGGCACCACAGAAACAUCUUCCAAUCCAAUAUUCGCGAACGCAGGAACUUUCGUCACUUCCAACGCGACCGUCGCCAACACCUCGCCGUUCACUACAUUCGGCAAUGUUAAUGCCUCCUCACCGUUCAGUACGACAACUCUCACAACGACGACACCCGCUAAUCCAUUCGCACCACGAACGCAACAGAGCAAUGCGCCAUUUGGAAACGUUGCGCAGAGUCAUCCUGGCGCUACCAACAUCUCGUCUCCAUUCGGAAAAUCGCCGUUUAAUGCUAUUAUUAUGAAUUCUAUUAUCAGUGAUAGCGUUUACAGCGCGGAAGAUGCGUUAACCGAUGACGAGAAGAGUAUGUUCUUAGCUCAAGAAUUUACUUUGGGCAAAAUACCGUUGAAACCACCUACUAAAGAUUUGAGAUAAUUUGACAAUUCCACCUGCGUAUUUAUAAUAACGUAUACUACAUAUGCUGUGAUAACGAUGGUCCUUGUAAAUAUCCAAAGACUUAAGUAUUGUAAAUAAGUGUGUUCUAUUUCAUACUACUUUUUUAUUGCUUGUAAAUGAAUAACAUUUGUUUUAUUAAUUCGAGCUAAUUUAGAUUGUAAAAAUGUGGUUUUUUAUAGCGUAACUAAAUUAUGUCUGUGAGUAAAUAAAAUUCAUCCUAUA